GCGCUAACGCUGCUAAUCGCGCUCGGUCUUCAUUUGUUUUCGUUGCGGGUGCUUUUUCCUGUAGCAAAAUGAGUGGACGUUUGGAAAGUAUCGAAGUUGAAAACUUCAAAUCAUACAAAGGAAAAAUACUGAUUCCUUUCAAGAGGUUCACGGCUAUCAUAGGACCUAAUGGAUCGGGAAAGUCAAAUCUUAUGGACGCAAUCAGUUUCGUCCUAGGAGAGAAGACUAGCAGUUUGAGAGUUAAGAAAUUGUCGGAUUUGAUCCAUGGCGCCCCCGUUGGUGCUCCUGUCGCAAACAGAGCUAGAGUCACAGCGACGUACGUUGAUGAAAAAGGAGAGAAAACUGUCUUUUCAAGAAUAAUCAAAGGUUCUUCAGCCGAACACAGAAUCAAUGAAAAAGUUGUUCCCCAUGCCGACUACAACAAGGAAAUGGAGAGAAUUAAUAUUUUCAUCAAAGUCAAGAAUUUCUUAGUUUUCCAAGGACAAGUGGAAUCAAUUGCUAUGAAAAAUCCGAAAGAACGGACCCAACUCUUCGAAGAGAUAUCUGGAUCUUCAGAAUUUAAAGAGGAAUAUGAAAGAGCAAAAGCUGAAAUGGUCGCCUCGGAACAGGAGACGCAGUAUUCGUAUCAUAGGAAGAAAGGCAUUGCUGCUGAAAGAAAAGAAGCCAAACAGGAAAAAGAGGAAGCGGAGAAAUACGAAAAGCUGCGGGAUGAUUACGCUCAACAACGGUUACAAGUUAUGUUGUUCAAGUUCUUCUAUAACGAUAGAGAAAUGGAAAAAAUGCACGAAACAUUGCAGCACAAGAACAAAGAUCUCAAGCAUCUUAUGCGGAAAGCAGAACGCACAGAAGAAGAAGUGAAAACCAGGAAGCAAGAGCAGGGAAAGAUGAUGAGAGAGGCGGCAUCUGUCGAGAAGAAGAUCCAAGAGAAGGAGACAGAACUGAACAAGAAGAGACCAAUGUAUAUCAAGGCGAAAGAAAACACAAAUUUUGUAAUGAAGAAGUUGGAAUCGGCCAAAAAAUCUCUCCGAACUGCAGAGAUGCGACACGAGAGUCACAUGCAUGUGAUUGAAGAUUUAAAGCAACAACUGGCAGAUGUGGAGUCUAAAAGAUUAGAGUUUGAAUCACAGGUCGAACUCGACAGUCAGACUGAAGGUCGUGACCUUGAGCUGGAAGAGUCGCAGAUCAACGAAUACAAUCGCUUGAAAGAGGAAGCGGCAAAACGAUCGACUGCAAUAAAUAUGGAAAUUGAGAAAUUACUUCGAGAACAACAAACUGACCAGGAAAAACUUGAUGCUGAACGUCGUAAGAAAAGCGAACUCUGGUCUUUGCAGAAACAGAAAAGUAAAGAACUGGAGGAGGCUACGUCAAGAGUUGACAAAUUGAGAGAUUACAUUAAGACAAGCCGACAGACUUUGGCAGAACACAAGAAACUGAAGAGUGAAUUGGAAAAUGAGGUUCAAGGGUCAUAUGAACGAAUUCGUGAAAUCAACGUAGAGUUAGAAGAAGUCAUGAAAAAGCAAGGAGAUGCAAAAGUCGAUCGUACGGAAAGUUCAAGACAACAAAGGAAAGCGGAAUUACUUGCAAAUCUGAAGAGACUCUUCCCUGGAGUGCAUGGGCGUGUUCUGGAUCUCUGCGAACCAGUUCACAAUCGUUACAAAAUUGCCAUCACUAAAGUUCUCGGGAAAUACAUGUACGCGAUCGUUUGUGACACAGAAAAAACAGCAAGGGAUUGUAUCCAGUAUAUGAAAGAGCAGUGCGAUGAACCAGAAACGUUUUUACCGCUGGAUUAUAUCGACGCAAAACCUGUGAACGACAAAUUGAGAGAAAUUAGGGAGCCAAAAGGAGUUAAACUGGUCAUUGAUGUGAUUCGUUACGACCCUCCAACGAUUAAGCGAGCGCUACAAUUUACUUGCGGAAAUUCUCUCGUCUGUGAGACCGCAGAUGAUGCACGGAAAGUUGCUUUUGGACAAGUUGAAAAACAUAAGGAUAUGUUUCAGAGACCUGAUGGGACAAAAAGAAGAAAUCAGGCAGUUGCAUUGGACGGCACAUUGUUCCAGAAAUCCGGCGUGAUAUCCGGUGGCGCCACAGAUCUCAAGAGGAAAGCCCAGAGAUGGGAUGAGAAGGCCUUGGAUCAGCUCAGAGCAAAGAAGGAGAAACUAACUGAAGAGUUAAAACAAGAAAUGAAGAAGAAACGUAAAGAAUCGGACUUGAAGAAUAUUAUUAGUCAGAUAGGAGGACUGGAGAACAGGAUCAAGUACUCACAGAAUGAUUUGAAUAAUACGGAAUGUAGAAGCAUGAAGGAACAUAAAGAUAAAAUUGAAGAGUACGAACACGAGUUGCAGAACUUUGAGCCUCGAUUUAUGGAAAUUGAGGAAAGAAUGAGAACUCGUGAGUCUGAGAUCGGAACGUACAGAUCAUCUAUGAACGAGGUUGAAGAUGACGUGUUCCGUACGUUCUGCGUCCAAAUUGGCGUUCCAAAUAUCAGAGUCUAUGAGGAAAGAGAGCUUAGCAGACAACAGGAGAUCAUGAAAAAAAGGCUUGAGUUCGAAAACCAGAAGUCUCGUUUGUCAAACCAGUUGGAAUACGAAGGGUCGCUGGAUACUCACCAGAACGUCCAGAAGUGGAACGAAAUGAUUAAAUCAGAUGAAGAAAAUAUUAAAGUUCAUAAGCAGGAAGAGAAGAAGGCUAUGAAGGUCAUCCAAGAAGCAGAAGACCAGUUACAGGAACUCAAAACCAAGAAGAUUCAAAAGAAACGAGAUGUUGAUGACAGAGCUACUGAGAUUGAAGAAAUCAGGAAAGAAACUGCAAAGAUUAAUAAGGAAAUCACUCAAACACAGAAAGCCAUCUCUGCAUCUGAGCUGAAAGUCGAACAAGUCCGUGAACAGAAGCAUUCGCUGUUCCAGCAGUCUAAGAUGGAAGAUAUAUAUUUACCAUUGAAGCAAGGAUCUUUAUCAGAUAUUGUAGCUCCUUCGGACGCUUCAGAUGCAGCAAGUCAAGCAACCAGUGUCAGCCAAACUCAAGCGAUGUACGACAUGGAGGCUAGGAUUGAAGUUGACUACAGGAAACUGCCUAACAGUCUGAAGGACCUGGAGGGAGAUGAAAUCAAGCAUGACCUUGAUCGUUUGAUGUCACGCUUGGGCGAGUUGAAUGCUACGAUUCAUCGAAUCUCCGCACCGAAUAUGAAAGCGAUGACCCAUCUCGACGAGGUUAAAAAUCGUUACACAGAAUCCAAAGAUCAGUUUGAUAGCAUUAGGAGAAGAGCUAAGAAAGCCAAACAGGAUUUCGAGAUGGUGAAACGUAAACGAAUCGAACAUUUCAACCAGUGCUUUGAUUACGUUGCGACAAAAAUUGACGAGAUCUACAAGAAUCUUUCCAGAAACAACAGCGCACAAGCUUUCCUCGGACCCGAGAAUCCAGAGGAGCCGUAUUUGGAAGGCAUCACAUACAACUGUGUAGCUCCCGGCAAAAGAUUUCGACCAAUGGACAAUCUCUCCGGUGGAGAAAAGACAGUGGCCGCUCUUGCUCUGAUCUUCGCGAUUCAUGAUUACCAGCCAUCCCCAUUUUUUGUUCUGGAUGAAAUUGAUGCAGCGCUUGAUAACACGAACAUAGGUAAGGUGGCCGAAUACAUCAAGAAUAUGUCUGAGAGUGUGCAAUGCAUUGUCAUCUCUCUCAAGGAAGAGUUCUACAAUAAAGUGGAUGCUUUAGCAGGAAUAUACCCAGAGCAAGUGGACGGCCACUGCAUUGCCAGUAAAGUUGUCACACUUGAUCUGACCUGCUACCCAGAUGCUCCACCUCAACAAUAGUGAGGGAACUACUUCUGAAGAAUCUAUGGUUUUGCAAACACAUUUUGAUAGAAUAACUUUCAUUAGACAGAAUUGUUGACGAAUGAACUACUUCUGAAGAAUCUAUGGUUUCGAAAAGACCUAGGAUGUGUUUUCUUGGAUUUACUUUAGUUGGACAGAGUUGUUUUUCUAAGUUGUUCUGUUGAAAGUGUAAUGCUUUCUUUUAAACUACUCACCGAUUGCUUCUAAAAUUUCACUUGUUCCUGUUGCUGUGGAACUCCACAUGGACAGAACUAUGUCUGUUCAAUAUUUUCGCUGCUUGAAGGACAGACUAGAGCUAAUACAUUAGUGGUUCCUAAAUAAUUUGACUAGGUGCAAUAAUUAGAAUCUGAAGGGCUUUGAUAAUGACGUAACAAUUGGUGGUAUCUUGAACGCAAAAAGGUAAAAACAUAAAGUGUUGAACUGUUUCACUUAAGUUUGGUGAGCCAUGUUAAAUCGCCAUGCGGGCGUAAUUCUGUAUUACAUCAAAUGGCCUCCAAGUUUAUUCUGUAUUUUAGAAAAUGUUUGUUUUUUUGUUAAUUUUGAAAAAGUGGAAAUGCAAAAUUUGUCUCCUUUGUAUCCAAUUUUAUUCCUCAAAUGAUAACACUUCUUUUGAGAAGUUCAUCAAUCAAACAUUGGUAUAUGAAUUUGAGAUGAACUAUGAGCUUUGCUCUUUGAACUUUUAUUCGCAGGAAGCAGGAAAUGAAUUGCUCAUUAUUUCUUGUAAAUAUUCAAUGUUGUGUAUUUGAUGUUAAUUAUGUUCCUGUUCUCAUGUUAUGUUUUUUUUUUUUCUGCAUUCGUAAUGUGAUUUCUGGAUUUUGCCGAGAAUCUGACUUCUAAAGUAGUGUCCUAACCUCCAAGCCUAUUCAACCUAUACCUAUACGAAAUCAUUCAUGGUCUCACGUGACCUUCAAAUUUUCUUCUUUCCUUGCGACCACCUUAUAUAUUUACCCAAACUAAGAACAAUAACUCAUGGAAACUUAUUCUAAAACGAGACAAUUGGACGUUUUUGAGACACUGCGAACAUUAUCUGUGGAUCAGAUCAGUAAGGGUUGCAGAUUCCAAGUUACGGGUUCCAAACCUGACCCCUUGAGAGAGUUCAAUAUUUUAUCCUAACUCUGGAGAAUGCGGACUCAUUUGAACUUGAACUCACGUAGCUGUCAAUCAUAGUUGUUAUAGUUUGUAAAUAUGCUUUGUAUGUUGAUAAAAUCUCUGAACUUGG